ACAGUGUACGAGUAUCAAACCCACAAGCGGCAUACGACACACAAACGCCCGCCGCCGCUUCCUUCUGUCUUAAAAGACAUGUUCGGAGUGAGCACAGCCGCCACGGCCUCCCGCACAACUGCCGUUUUCGCUGCGAACUCUUUGGGCUCUCGACUGCCGUUGUCUCAGAGACAUACCACUCCUCUCUCUUGCUCUGUCUCCCAACAGGUUCAUACAACUUCUCUGCGCUCUUGUUGUAAUCAUCCAGUCAAAGCCAUGGCCGAGCAUCAAACUCCUUCAGUACCAAACAACGAGCUUAAAGCCUCUGCUUCUUCCUCGGGCAAGAAGCAAGCUCUAAUAUCUUUGUCGAACAAGAAUGAUUUGGUCCUUCUUGGUACUGGUCUCCAGGAAUUGGGAUACACAAUUGCAUCAACCGGAGGAACAGCAUCCACUUUGGAAAAUGCAGGCGUCUGUGUGACUAAGGUGGAGGAGCUUACCUGUUUCCCCGAGAUGCUUGAUGGUCGUGUGAAGACUUUACACCCCAACGUACAUGGUGGCAUUCUCGCUAGAAGAGACCAAAAGCAUCACAUGGAAGCUCUCAGUAAACAUGGCAUUGGUACUUUUGAUGUGGUAGUGGUGAACUUGUACCCCUUUUAUGAUAAAGUUACUUCAACUGGAGGACUUGCCUUUGAAGAAGGAAUUGAGAACAUUGAUAUUGGUGGCCCUGCCAUGAUCAGAGCUGCUGCUAAGAAUCACAAGGAUGUCCUGGUAGUUGUCGAUGCACAAGACUAUCCCGCGCUCUUAGAAUUUCUCAAAGGAAAUCAGGAUGACCAACAGUUCCGUAGAAAGCUUGCUUGGAAGGCUUUUCAGCAUGUUGCUUCUUAUGAUUCUGCAGUUUCAGAGUGGCUAUGGAAGCAAACUGUGGGAGAUAAGUUUCCUCCCAGGUUAACGGUUCCUCUGGAAUUGAAGAGUUCUCUUCGUUAUGGUGAAAACCCCCACCAAAAUGCUGCAUUUUAUACUGACAAGAGUCUUUCUGAGGUUAAUGCUGGUGGUAUUGCUACUGCAAUUCAACACCAUGGAAAGGAAAUGUCGUAUAAUAACUACUUAGAUGCUGAUGCAGCAUGGAAUUGUGUUUCGGAGUUUCAGAAUCCAACUUGUGUUGUUGUAAAGCAUACAAAUCCUUGUGGGGUAGCGUCACGUGAUGAUAUCCUUGAAGCCUAUAGGCUGGCUGUGAAAGCAGACCCAGUCAGUGCAUUUGGUGGUAUUGUAGCAUUCAACAUAGAAGUUGAUGAGGCUCUUGCAAAGGAAAUUCGUGAGUUCAGAAGCCCAACAGAUGGAGAAACCCGAAUGUUCUAUGAGAUUGUGGUUGCUCCCAGUUACACAAAGAAGGGACUUGAGAUUCUUCGUGGAAAGUCAAAGACUCUGAGGAUCCUUGAGGCAAAGAAGAACGAGAAAGGAAAGCUUUCAUUGAGACAAGUUGGCGGUGGAUGGUUGGCUCAGGAUUCAGAUGACCUUACCCCGCAAGAUAUAAAAUUCAAUGUGGUCUCUCAGAGAACUCCAGAAGGAAGUGAGCUAAGUGAUGCAGAGUUUGCAUGGCUUUGUGUGAAGCAUGUCAAGAGUAAUGCUAUUGUCAUAGCGAAGAAUAACUGCAUGUUGGGUAUGGGAAGUGGUCAGCCAAACCGCCUGGAGAGUUUGAGAAUAGCCUUGGAGAAAGCGGGAGAGGAGGUUAAAGGGGCUGCUUUGGCUAGCGAUGCAUUCUUCCCAUUUGCUUGGAAAGAUGCAGUUGAAGAGGCAUGCGAGAGUGGAGUCGGUGUUAUUGCAGAGCCUGGCGGGAGUAUCAGAGAUGGGGAUGCCAUUGAUUGCUGCAACAAGUAUGAAGUUUCUUUACUCUUCACCAAUGUGAGGCACUUUAGGCAUUGAGAACAACGACAUUUUUCUCUGUUUUCCGCUAUAACACCCCUGAAGUUCAGUGAUGAACUUAGGGUUUAUGUACCUUAUAUAUCUUUAUUUUACGAAUAACUUAUUCUCAGACCUUCCGAACUUAAUUUUUUUUCUUCGUAUCUCUUGUAAUAGUAAGGAGAAAUGGUGUUUGAUCUGGACAUUAUUCUGACAAUUACAUCUUCACAGACUAGAUAAUGCUUGGCUCAUUGAAGGCCAUUAGAGUGAA